AUGUCAAUUUUCGAUGUGGAGUCUCCGGCGCUGUCCUCAUCCUCUUCUUCCGCGCCCUCUCCCGUGCACCUAGACGGAGGCGCGGCGUUCUCCCGCGUGUUCGGUGCCCUGAAGGCCGCGGGGGUGGCCACCGACGGUGACAGCAGCACGGAGAUGGGCGACGAGAGAGAGCAAGACGACGAACCCGGUAAGGUGGAGGAGGAAGAGGAAGACGAGGAGGAGGAGGAGGAGGAGGAGGAGGAGGAGGAGGAGGAGGAGGAGGAGGAGGAGGAGGAGGAGGAGGAGGAGGAGGAGGAGGAGGAGGAGGAGGAGGAGGAGGAGGAGGAGGAGGAGGAGGAGGAGGAGGAGGAGGAGGAGGAGGAGGAGGAGAAGGUAGAGCAACCGAAGGGAGAGGAAAAGGAGGACAUCGACAGUUCGGCCGUCUCAAGGCUGCGCCAGAUGUUCGAACGUUCGGACGGGAAGAAGAGGGCGAUCCUGGAGACCGGCCCAUUCCCCGGGCAGGCGGUUUCGACUAUCGGUGAACCUGCCGGCGAAGACGAAGCUGCCGGGGAGGCGGCGGGUUCGACGGAAUCACCACAAGCCUCCCCGAAAGCUGGAAGCAACUCGGCGGAAGAGGAGGGGGCAAACGCCGCGGGGCUGGCGGCCGAGGAACCGGCAGCAUCCGUGGCGUCCGGCUUUGGGUUCUCGGUGCACAAGUUCUUCUUCGGAUCUCGGACUAAGAGGGACGCCGCGCCGAAGGCUGUCGAAGCGCCCACUCCUCUGGCGGUUGCGGAUGGAGCGGUGGUGGAGCCCUUCGGUGUGGCCGGGCAAAAGGAAUCGUCAGAGACGGGAUCGUUUGGCGACACGAAGCAGGCAGAGCUCGGAGGUUUGCCUGCCGAAGCGAGCGCGAGCACUCAAGCCGUGGCACCGGCCGUGGAAAAAAACGUGCUCCUGGCGGCGAAGGACGUGUACUCUGUACCGGCAGCGAUCGUCGACAUGGACUCGACACCUCAGCUUGGCGGGGCGGCGUCAUCUGCCAGCGUGCACCACUCGUCGACGGAACCGGCAAUCUCGGCUGGUGCUGCUCAAGAAAAAGCUGGCGACCGUACAGGCGAAGAGAUCGGUGUCGACGUCGUGGCGGUGGAGGAGUUGGUACCGGUAGCUCAAAAGGAGUCCCGACAGAACCCACCAGUCACUGUGGGGGCCCCGGCGGUGGUGGGAGUAGCCGCGAUGGCGAGUCAGAGCGAAAAGCCUGCCGCCAAUGUGUCGAUGUUGAACAUAGCUCAGGCCUCCGUUGUGCAAGGUGCUGUGCAUCCCAACGUGCCGGAAGCAAGGAUCGUUCCUAAGGCCGCUGAAACGACCGUGACUGCGGUGGAGGUGACUGCGGUGGAAGCACCGACGGCAAGAGUCUAUGAUGGAGAGGCCACCCACGCCGCUGCUGUUGUCGCGGCGCAGACCAAGGAGAAAAUUGGCGCCUUCGAAGUGGCUCAGGUCGAGUUAAUCGCACCAGAGAUUCCUCCAGUGGACCGGCCGGUGCCUUCUGAUGUUCGCGCAGUUGUGGCAGAAGGUGUGUCAGGUCCGUGUGCGACGGUGGGAGACGAGUUGCCAACGUUAGGAGGAGUGGGACAGACGACAGGGGCGUUACAAGACAUUCGAGACGAAGCACCGCUCCAGGGUGCCAACAGCGAGCAGCAAGCAGUUGCGGCGGCUGUCGAAGACGCAACGACCGCUGGGGACGACGAUGAACCGUAUGUUACUGCGGCGGAAGAGGAGGGGUCGCAGGAUGGAGACCUCGCGCCGCUAGCUUCGGCCACAUUUGACUUGUCUUCACCCACCACAGCGACGAACGACGGGCCCUUGGUCGAGCCUAGCGGGGAUGUACCGGUGAUUCGCGAGGUCGCGCCGCCAGCGACAACCGAGGGCAUGGUCGCAGCUACCGGGGAUGUGCUGGCGCUGGGAAAGACCGCGCCGCCACUGGCGGCACUCAAAUACAUGUCUCCGGAUUCCGAUUGCGGGGUAGUCGCUCCCUCGAGGGCCGGUCCUCUUCCCGAGGUCGCGGCGAAAGCGCCGGACACGGCCAAGAUCGGCCGAUCGCCAAAGAAGACCGUUGACGACCAGCUCGCUCCGGGUGGUGGGGAGAAGGCACUGCCAGAGGAAGGAGAAAUCGAGCAUCAAACUCCUGCCCCCGAGCAGGAAGGCGCACCCAUCCUGGCGAGUUCGCCCUUCGAUGGUACUGCCGUGAACGAGCUGGACGAUUCAGCUGUGCAAGCACCGGGCAAGAUGCCUCAGGUGCAAGGAACGGAGCAGGCGGCAUCAAUGGUCGAGGAUGUUGUCGCUACUGUGGGCCAGGCGAGCGAUAUCGCGCCCAUCGAGGCUGCGGGGGUCAUUCCGGCGGAAUCGCAAGCCAAGCCCACGGCCACGGUGGGGAAACCGAGCGAGGAGAAGGAGGUGAACGUCACAGACGCUACCCCCAUCCUCAGUCGUGUGGCGAGGCUCCGGUUGAUGUAUGAGAAAAACAAAGUGAAGCGAUCCCCCGCUUCACUUUCGACGCGUAAGGUGGAGAAGGACGGAGCGACAGCGCCGACUCAGGCUCCCGGCGAGGUUACGUCUGCGGCGGCGGACCCUGCUCCAACCGUUACCGCUGACGACGUUGCUGCCGCAAGCCCCUUCGAGAACACCACCGCCCCCGAUGUCACCGAGGGGGACACGACCGACGGGAAUGUGCGCGAACCUACUGAGGAACCGGAUAUCGCUCAAGACGAAGAGCCGGUCAAGGCCAUGGAUCCUUCUGCGAGGAAGACAAAGGUUGAGGGUCCCUUCCCCGAGUCAACAACGGAGACAGUUCUCCUGAGGAUAUUUGGAGACGGGCGUGACCGUCCCGCAGUCCUGCCGACAAACGAUACGCCGUCGGACAAGGCCGAGGAGGGACCUCCUGCUGCCGUGGCUGGUGAUGAAACGUGUGCAUAUGGCGAUGAAUCACCAAGCUCGGCCAUCGUGCACCCCGAGGCGCGGCCAUCCUACGGCGAUGCCAGUCAACCUGCAACGGAGACUGCCACGGGAUUGAUAGCGACCAUCCAAUCUUCUGGUGGUGGUGACGCAGACACGUCAACGGCGCGCCUCGAGGACAAUUCCACCCCGGACGUCGGUAUCGCACCCUACAAGCAAACCUCUUCGGUGGCAGCUGACGACGCCCCGAUCGAUGUUAUCCCGGGGCCUACCGUUGCCGACCCCGCUGAUUCUGUGACAACCAAACAGAGACCAAAGAAGGCAGACGGCGAGACCGCCGGGGACGUUCCGUCGAGAACGGCUGAAGAUGUGCAUGCCACUAAGAAGGCGCCAGUCGUGGCGGGGUCGGUGUCCGCGCUGAUAUCGGCGCUCGAGGCGAGUUCAGCGGCACAAACGGAGGAAGAAGCGGCCGCCCCAGUCGUGGACGAGGUACUGCAAUCUGCCACCGACGACCGUUCUCCUUCAGCUCCUGCGGAGGCGACGUCCCUUGUGGACGGUGCAUCCGUGGUCGUUGAAUCGGCCGCCAUGGACUCUGCUGUAUCCGUGGACAAGACGGCGGCCCCGGUUUCGAGCGCAUCAGGACCAGCUCCCGCUGUCAUAGACGAGGUACCCGAACGGGCGGCCGCGGCCGAGGUCCCAUCAAGUACCGGCGAGGUCACGGAGGAGCCAGACGGCACGGAAGCCGACGGCUUGCCGUCUUCGGCGUUGGCUGGAGAGGCAAUUGCUGCAUCCAUCAACGUCGAUGAGGCGGUUCUGCCUGGCCCAGGUGAUGUGGUGCCGGAGGCUGUGGUGGACGUUGCGACGCCGGUGUUAGAAGUCGAGCCGGUGUCAGAGGUGGGCGAGGUAGCGGCCACGAGCUCUGAUGCUGGUGCUGAGGAGGCGGACUCGCCUAUGCCGUCGCUCGUGGAAGAUAUGUCUCCAGCGGGAGAGGAGGAAGCAGAGACGACUGAGUUGGAUGGCGGUACGGUCGAGAAGCCGAUCGAGGCCGUCGAUGGCGUACCCUCCGAGCAACCCACAUCGGUGGCACUAGAAGACUCCCCGAUCGAUGUUGUCCCGGGAACCACUGUGACGGAGCCGUCUGUGUCCGUGGCGGCUGAGGAGAGACCGAAGCAGGCAGACAGCGAUACCGCCGGGGAUGUGGAUGCCACUGAGAAGGUGCCAGUGGCGGCGGGGUCGGUGUCCGCAUUGGUGUCGGCGCUCGAGGAGAAUCCGGCGGCACAAUCGGAGGAAGAGGCGGCCGCCCCCGCCGUGGAUGAGGUUCCACCGUCGGCCACCGACGAAUGUUCUCCUACAGCUCCUGUGGAAGCGAUGUCCGUUGUAGACGAUGCAUCCGUGAUCGUUGAGGCGGCACCUGUGGACCCUGCCGCACCCGUGGAGGAUACACCGGCCGUGGCGUCGAGCGUAUCAGGACCAACUCAGGCUGUCAUAGACGAGGUACCCGAACCGGCGGUGGCGACCGAGGUCCCAUCGAGUAUCGGUGGGUUCACGGAGGAGCCGAAGGGCACGGAAGCCGACGGCUUGCCGUGCUCGGCGCUGGCCGCAGGGGCAAGUGCUGCGUCCAUCGCCGUCGAUGAGCCGGUCCUGUCUGGCCCGGAUGGUGCGGUGCCGGAGGCUGUGAUGGACGUGGCGACGCCGGUGUCAGAGGUGGGUGAGGUAGCGGCGACGUCAUCUGGUACUGAUGCAGAGGAGGCAGACCCGUCUAUUCCGCCGCUGGUGGACGAUUUGUCUCCAGCGGGACCGGAGGAAACAGGGGUGGCGGAGUUGAAUGGUGGUGCGGCCGAGGAGCCGAUCGAGGCGAGUGUGUGA